ACCAUAUUCCUUGUUUCUACCCGGAACACAAAGAAAGACGGACAAACAGGCUCCGGACGGGACAAAGAUGGUUCUGUUCUUGUACAGACUUCGUCCAAGGCGGCCUGCAGGUUUCAGCUUCACCCAGCAGCCCUUCAGUCUAAGAACCGUACUGAGCAGAUCCGGUCCGGUCCAGUUGGACAAACCCUGCGCCGCCGCAGCGGCUCGUUUUUACAGCUCCCAGCGAAAGGAGCAGACCCAGAAGGUGGUGGUGGUCGGCAUCCCAAACCCUUUCAUCUGGUUCCGGACCAGAAUUUACUAUUUUCUCAUCCGGACCUACUUUGACAAAGAAUUCAACAUCGAAGAGUUCACAGAGGGGGCAAAGCAGGCCUUCUCCCACGUUUCCAGGCUGCUGUCUGAAAGCCGCUUUGAUGCUCUGGAUGGGCUCGUCGCUAAAGAUCUGAUCGGAAAGCUGGAGGAGAAAUGCAACUCGCUGCCGUCAGACUGCAGGAAGGCGCUGUCAGCGGAUCCUGAUGAGGUCAUGUACGCCACACCUGGAGACGUGGGGAUCUACUACGACGACAGCGGGAGAAAGUUUGUCAGCAUCCUGAUGCGGUUCUGGUAUCUGACCAGCGUGCGGCUUCCCGACGACAGCGUGGAGGGAAGUCGCAUCUUCAAAGUGGCGAUCGGAGACAAAGAGGAAGAAACGGAAACCAAGAGGCUGCUGACUGCAAUAUAUGAAUUCCAGAGGGAGUUCACCAAAGGGGUGCCUCCUGACUGGACCAUCACCAGGAUAGAGCACUCCAAGCUUUUGGACUGAAGAGGCUGGACCUCUCAGCCACGUGGUCCAGAACCAUCAUCAUCUCCAACAGCAUCCAUCAAUGAUCCGUUUUUUUUUCCUCCGGGACUCAGCCGACAAGGAAAGAGGUGCUGGACUUGAUGUCAGUCCUUUAAACUGGGAAAUCUUUAGCCUACAUGGAGAUUUUAAAUGUCUUUGAGCAGCUGUUUCAUUCAGCUUUCAGUCGUGGAUAGAGGAGCGUCCAACACCAGAAAGUGUCUCAUCAACGUAUUUCUGCCCUUCACAACACCCCAAAGUGUUCCCUAUGGGUCAAAUAAUGAGGUGAUUUAUUUAAGAGAACAGUGAGGAAGAGUUGUGGCGAUGCUGUUCUGAACAUAAACAGAGCCAAACACUGAAAACAUUUGAAUCGGUUUGGUGGUUUGUUUCUGAGCUGCUCAUCAUGUGACCCCGGAACGCCCAGCUGUGCCUCCCUGUUUCUGCAUACAUGGACUUUUAAUAAAGAUACAUUUACACUUUGAUUUCUUUCAAACGGCAUUUAGUUCUUAUUUGUGCAACUUUAUAAAAUUGCUGACGUUUUUGGAUGUUUGCAUCAAUAUUCAAAUCACUAUCAUAUAAAACAUUUUCAUAGAUAAUAAACUUAAAUUUCAACUUA